UUUAAAGCAUCAAGGCGCCGGCGUCCCUUCGCUGGGCUGUCUUCACGUCCUCCAGCCGGGCACCACCCGACACGCCGGGCCUGGCUCACCGCUGGGUGAAGUGGGGGAAAUGCGCUCCCGACGGCGCCUCUGAGUCCUGCUGCGCCAGUGCGUGCGCGGGCAUGUUGGCGGGACAGUGCAGGAGUGAGCACUUCCAGCUUUUCCUUACAGAUCCCCGUCCCCCUGGGUGCCGAUCUGCGGGUCGGGGCCCGCCUGUCUGUCUCCUCCCUGGAGACGAGCCCUCCCCGGGCCGGGUACUUCCGCCCCUCAGGUAGGAAGGAUACUUGAGGUGGGUCAACCCCACCCGUUCACGUGGCCGGUCUAGACGCACCUACCCUACAGGAUGCAGCCUUGCGCGCCCUACCUGGGCACUCCUGUUCCCUGGGCCGGGGCAGGCCUGAGAAACUGCGCUGCAAACUCAUCUGGCCCCGCGCAUCCCCCUGAUUCUGACGUGCGGGCUGCGUACCACGUGAAAGACCGGAUUAGAGGGAAGCGCCGCUGAAGGUCGGGUGGGUGUGAGCUUGGCCGGCGAGGCACCGCCCAGGAAGAGGAGAGGAGGGACCGGGUUCCAGAAGGCAGCUGCCUGUCCGGGAGGACAGCCGCUCUCACACGCAGGGGAGGAGCUGGGCCCCCUUUCCUCCCACCCCCUCCAGCUGGCUCUGCUCCCCCGUGGGCAGCUCUCCCCUGGGUACAAGCCAGAGCCACUCCCCGGGAACGCUCAGGUGACAGCUGUGCCCGGCCUCAGACACGGCCUCUCCGUGGCCCCUGCCUGAUAAAGUUGCCAAAUUCGAGUGUGACAGAUUCCUGGUCGGGGACAGAGGGUGAAAACUAUGGCUGAUUCCAAAGCGUUGCUUUUUAAGCCCCAAACUCUGUGGGUGGUACCAAGGCACCUGACAUUUCCGGAGCCCUCUUUUUCUGUGGGACUUAGGAAUGCCUCAGCUCUGCACAGGCCUCAUGCACCCUUGGACUUCUUGCCUUUUUUUUUUUUAUGAGGUACACCAUGGAGUCUCACAUGAAGUAUGAAAGUUACUUUAAUUUUUCAUCUACUUGUUAUUAAGCAGGGGGAACAUUAAUCUCAUUUUAUAGACAUAGAUCAUUUCUGGAUGGAUACAGCUCCCAGUUUUAGAGAUUCUGACUUGAAGCUGUUCUUUCCUUACAAAGUUGUCCCUUUUGUAUUGACCAAGUACAUAUCUCUGUGAGUGGUACCUGUGGGCCUGAGGAAACCGUUUUAUGGAAAGAACCUCACCUGAGAAAGUCACCUGCUGCUGGCUUUGUGCUCUUUCCCAAACACCUGGUUUAGGGCUCUGCCCAGAAUGGCUGCCUGAUAAACGCUGCAAAUCCCGGCCAUGAAUUUAGGCUUCACCAAGGGAAGGGAUCCUGUGCCUUCAGUCCAAAGACUUCACGGAGAUUAGGGGACUCUUCCACAGAUGAGCCCUUCCAGGAUGAGAAUUCAGUUAAGCUGUCCCUUGACUCCUCAACUCUGGACACCCAGGUCCCACACCAGCUUUCAGGCCAUCAUACUUGCGCCUGAGGGAAAAGAGAGCUGCCAGCUGCCUAUGGGGUGAGGAAGCUGCUCCCUUGGGGGUGAAACAACACUCGCUGAACAAAUGUUUAAAACUGGAUUGACAAUGUAUUUGUGGCCUUGGACGUGAAGCAGUUAGCCUUCUGUUACUGCUAACCGUGUCAGGGACUGAUGUGGGAAGCAUGGACCUAAUGAACGGGCAGGCAAGCAAUGUUAGUAUUGCUGCUACUGCUUCUGAGAAAAGUAGCAGUUCUGAAUCAUUAAGUGACAAAGGUCCUGAAUUGAAGAAAAGCUUUGAUGCUGUGGUAUUUGAUGUUCUUAAGGUUACACCAGAAGAAUAUGCGGGUCAGAUAACACUGAUGGAUGUUCCAGUAUUUAAAGCCAUUCAACCAGAUGAGCUUUCAAGUUGUGGAUGGAAUAAAAAAGAAAAAUAUAGUUCUGCACCAAAUGCAGUUGCCUUCACAAGAAGAUUUAAUCAUGUAAGCUUUUGGGUUGUUAGAGAGAUUCUUCAUGCUCAGACAUUAAAAAUCAGAGCUGAAGUCUUGAGCCACUAUAUUAAAACUGCUAAGAAACUGUAUGAGCUGAAUAACCUUCAUGCACUUAUGGCAGUGGUUUCUGGCUUACAGAGUGCCCCAAUUUUCAGAUUGACUAAAACAUGGGCGUUAUUAAGUCGAAAAGACAAAACUACCUUUGAAAAACUAGAAUAUGUAAUGAGUAAAGAAGAUAACUACAAAAGACUCAGAGACUAUAUAAGUAGCUUAAAGAUGACACCUUGCAUUCCCUAUUUAGGUAUCUAUUUGUCAGAUUUAACGUACAUUGAUUCAGCAUACCCAUCAACGGGCAGCAUUCUAGAAAAUGAGCAAAGGUCAAAUUUGAUGAAUAACAUCCUUCGAAUAAUUUCGGAUCUACAGCAGUCCUGUGAAUAUGAUAUACCCAUGUUGCCUCAUGUCCAAAAAUAUCUGAACUCUGUUCAGUAUAUAGAAGAGCUACAGAAGUUUGUGGAAGAUGAUAAUUACAAGCUUUCAUUAAAGAUAGAACCAGGGACAAGCACACCACGUUCUGCUGCUUCCAGGGAAGAUUUAGUAGGUCCUGAAGUAGGAGCAUCUCCACAAAGUGGAAGAAAAAGUGUGGCAGCUGAAGGAGCCUUGCUACCACAGACACCGCCAUCCCCCCGGAACCUGAUUCCACAUGGACAUAGGAAGUGCCAUAGCUUGGGUUAUAAUUUCAUUCAUAAAAUGAAUACAGCAGAGUUUAAGAGUGCAACGUUCCCAAAUGCAGGGCCAAGACAUCUGUUAGAUGACAGCGUCAUGGAGCCUCACGCACCGUCUCGAGGGCAAGCUGAAAGCUCUACUCUUUCUAGUGGAAUAUCAAUAGGUAGUAGUGAUGGUUCUGAACUAAGCGAAGAGACCUCAUGGCCUGCUUUUGAAAGGAACAGAUUAUACCAUUCUCUCGGCCCGAUGACACGAGUGGCACGAAAUGGCUAUCGAAGCCACAUGAAGGCCAGCAGUUCUGCAGAAUCAGAAGAUUUAGCAGUCCAUUUGUAUCCAGGAGCUGUUACUAUUCAAGGUGUUCUCAAGAGAAAAACUUUAUUAAAAGAAGGCAAAAAGCCUACAGUGGCAUCGUGGACAAAGUACUGGGCAGCCUUGUGUGGGACACAGCUUUUUUACUAUGCUGCCAAAUCUCUAAAGGCCUCAGAAAGAAAACAUUUCAAAUCAACAUCCAAUAAGAACGUAUCUGUAGUGGGAUGGAUGGUGAUGAUGGCUGAUGAUGCAGAACAUCCAGAUCUCUUCUUGCUGACCGACUCUGAGAAAGGAAAUUCAUACAAGUUUCAAGCUGGCAACAGAAUGAAUGCAAUGCUAUGGUUCAAGCAUUUGAGUGCCGCCUGCCAAAGUAACAAACAACAGGUUCCUACAAACUUGAUGACUUUUGAGUAAAAGCCUAAGAAGUUGGGAAAGUGAACUAUAGCUCCUGCGUGAGAGCAAGGGCCUGAGAGGAGAGCGCCAACUGUAGACCAGUCCUGGGCCAGGUCGAGCCCAAAGGUUCCGGCUCAGCCUUUGGAGUUCUGAACCAAAAAAAAGCACUAAUUUCAGGGAAUGAAGUGAGAUAUUCCCAGAGAACAAAUUGGAGUUGCAAAACAAACUGCCAUGGACCAGGCUUCUUAUCUCUGAACCGACCUGUGGAAACCACUGCCUUAACAGAAUGAGAGGAAAACCAACAUGAAACACCAAGCAGUGUGUGUGAAGCUUCUGGCGGUGCUGUGCUUGGAAUAGAUCGUAGCUAAUUUGCAUUUCUUUUAACUUUGUACUAAUUUUGGAGGGGGGAAUCACUUUUUUUAGAUACUCUUUAAAAGGAAAAACCUGUUUCUUAGGAGUUACAUCAGGAGCUGGUUCUGAACUGAGGUGUAAAGCUAGUCUGCCUUAGCGGGACUCCACCAGCCGCCCGGAAGGUGUGUUUGGCCUCCAUUAGUCUGCAGCCCCGCUCAUUUCUUGCAGCAAGAGUGUAGGCAUUAGAAAUGUUAAUAAUGGGAGUUGUUGGGGGUUGUUUUGUUUUGAAUGAGGGGAGAUUUUUUUAAACACUAAACUUCUGUAAUUUAGUACUGUAAGGGGAACAUUAUUUCCUGCAGGAGGUGUAAAGGCUUGAGUGUUCCAAUGCCAGGCACUUUUUUCAACUGGGCUCCAGAAAGCAUGGUUGUUUUUAACUGGGUUUAAAGUUUAGCCUUCUAUGUGAAUGCAUUGUUGGACCACAGAUCUGCUUAGUAGUGAACUGUUAUCCCAGCCUAGACUUUUCUGAGAAGAUUGUACAGUAAUUAAAAUUUUCAAGUUAAUUGGAUUAUCCCUUCUACCAGGCACAAAUGAUACUUAUCAGCAAAGUGAUCUAUUGAUAGUUCUGUCAGGAUGUUGUCUUUUACAGUGUUUAAUGUGCACGAUGCCAGUUUUUGUUUUUGUUUUAUUUCUAUUACUUUUGUUCAACAUAAGAUUCAGGAUCACAUUUGUUUAAAAGAGAUUCCACAUAAUGUAUGCAUUUUAUUAUAAGGCAUACAAAGUAAUUUUAGAAGGGGAAAAAGAUGAAAGAUUGAGAUUCUGGAAAUUUUAAGUAUCAAAACUUUCCUUCUUACUUUCUCUUCUUUAUUACAAUAUUUUUCUGAAAACUCACUGUAAGUCCCCACUGUGAAACCGUAUUCUGUCAUUAGUUGACCAAGCAGUUUUGUGAGAGCUCUUCUAUGCAAUAAUUCAUUUUAAUUUCAAAAAUAUUGAAUUACAAAAAGGAAGAAAAGUUUGAAGGUGAAGUGCCUUAGAGUAUUAACAAAAAAAUGUCACUUGAACAAAGGCUAUGUGUUGGAUGUCACAAGCUCAAGAGGCAUCAUAAAUUUUAGCAGUGGCCCAGAGUAAGAAAUGCUUUUUGAUCGAUACCCUCUAAUAGACUUCUAUUUCGUUGAGUCUCCCAUAAAAUUUCUCACAUUUGCAUUCUUAGAGAGUUGUAUACUUUUUUUUAUCAUAGGAAUUUCAUUCUUGAAUCCAUAAAACUUAAAUAGAAAAUACUGCCUCACAGAACAAUUAGCUAAAAAUCUGUCCAAAGGAAAGUAGAAGAGCUUUUUUCUGAGUGCUGAGUUUUUUUCAUUUAGUUUUCUGUUUGGAAAGGAUAUUAAGAAGUAAGAUAUUCUUCAUACAGCACAGUUAGAAAUACCAUUUUUUCUGGUUUUACGGAAAGUGACAUGGCUGGAGAGGGCAAAAUAUUGCCUGUGCUGAAUGAUGUUUUUCAAUUUUUCAACUACUGACCUCCCAAGCUGAAGCCACGUUGGGUACAUGAAAGAUACCAUCUGCUCAGCCAGCAGUAUUACUAUGUAGACCUUGCACAUCUUUCUUUUGUUUUGCCUUUUUUUUUUUAAUUCCUUAGUUUGUUUAUUUCACUUCAGGAAUAAGUGUUUUUAACAGUGUAUGUGCUUUUAAGAAAAUAUUGUGGAUGAGAACCCUGUGGAUUUAUUAUUAUUACUAUUGUUUGUUUUCAUAAAUAAGCUAAGAUAUAUUAUAGUUUAACCAUUUCUGUGGAGAUAUACAACUGGAAGUCAGAGCCUGACAUCACAGUUUUGCCAAAGAGAGCGCCUCACUGGAAGAUGUGUUUGAUAUUUUCAGCUCUAAACAUUAAUGGAUGCUUGCACAGAAUAAGAAUAGUGUUCAAAUUUGGUGAAUAAUCUCUGUACAGAAUUGUGGCCUCUGACUGACUGAAAGUCUUAACAAACUCUUAACAUAACUGCAGUAGAAGUCACCAUUGUUUUUCAGUCUUAGAUUCCUGCAUUCAAAAAAUCAGUUGCUGCUUUUGAAGAUAGUUUUAGCAUUUGAAGCAAAUGGAAACCAGUGAGAGAAGGGAAUUGAAAUAGUGUAGGUGAAUUUUUUAUCUAUAAUUCACCAAAUGAUACCUAAUAAUAAUUCAAGCUAAGAAGACAGGUCACCAAAAUACAUUAAAUAUCUAGUUAGUGUUUUAGUGGGAAGAUAAAUUUUUUUCCUUUCAUUAGGUCCACCCUUAAUAAUAUUAGUAAAUUCGUGACCCAAAAGCUUGAAAUUUCCAUCUAUAUUAAGCUUAUUUCUCUCCUAGCCAAGAAGAACUUAUUAGAAAGUCUAUUACAAUUCAAAUUUAAGCUACUUCAUGGUAAACAUAAUGAUUGGCAUGUUAUACAGCCUGGUGUAGUAGCAUAUAAUACUAGCCAAAAUACAGUUUGAGGCAUAUCUCAUGUAACAGUUUAUUUGAGCAGUUUAUUUUGAACAUACAGAAGAAGCAUUAUCAGUUCUCAAAGUAAACCUAUAAAAAUAACUGCAUAGUGACCAUACAGAGAGUAUUUGGUGUCAUGCCCCCUCUGUUUGGGCUCUGCUUAUUUUUUCAGAGAUAUUUUUACUGUAACCUCCAAACUGUAAGAAUUCAAAGAGAACUGAUCAAGCACACCUUCCUAUUCUGUUUUCUUCACUAUGUAAACAUUAUUUGUGUAAACAUUAUAAAAAGGGAUCCAAACAAUUUGAGGUUGAGUAUUUUUUCCUCCCUAGGCAUCUGCUUCAAAGAUUUUUUCCUGUGUGAAAAAUGCCAUAUGACUAUUGCACUACCUUCUCUGUGGACUGUCUUGGUACUGGGUCUUUCUGUAUGUCACAAGUUAGGGUGUUUAUAGUUGCAAAGUUUUUGUAAGUGGCUUUAUUCCUCUUCUAGAAGAUUUAUAAUGGAGCCCAAGGAGUGUUACUGUUAUAGAAGGAAAAGAUGUUUACAGUCUCUAGUGUACACACUCUAUAUAUUAGUUUAAACUGGGCCCGUCUAAGAGCAGCCUAGCCUUGACCUCUUGACCUCUUUGGAUUCCUAAAGUUUACCUGGCCAAAUGACUUGAGCAGAAGUCUUUUUUUUUUUUCUUUCCUUGUCUUUUUCCUUUCUUCUCUAGUCUUUUGUUUUUAGGUUAAAUCUGUAAGCAAUACGCCUUUACUACUGAAAGCAAAACUAUAGGGCAUUGUAUUAAUUGAGCAUCAAAAACAGUAGUAGAUUUAAUCCAUUAAUGUUUUAAAAGGUAACAUUAAAAGACUAUAUCCACUAUUAAUUUCCUUACUGUUUUUUGAGGCACAUUCCUUUACAACCAGUUUUUAAACCAACCAUAUUAUCUUCUGCAAACAAGGGGUACCAGUGUUGCUUAACAGAAGGUAAUCUUUAAUAAAAGAAACCCUCUGCUUCAAAGGCUUUUGAAAUAAUUGGAUCCCUUUUUGAAAAUGAAGAUGAAUUUGACUGUCCCGGUGGAGCGAUAAUACUGCUGUUGCAUGAAUAGAUAAUAUAAGGCAAGUGGUGAGGUUUGUCCAACUUCUUCAGUGGUCUUUUAGGGUUUGCUUUUAUUUCUUCUCUCUUCUUUUGUAUUUUUUCUUUCAAACAUAGUAAAUUUAUGAUUUUACAGCCAGAGUGGUAUUCUGUUUUUUUCUAAGCAUUGAGAUACAAACAUUGUUAUUUAAUUACACUGAUGAUAAUUAUUUUCCAUGUGAGGUCAACCUUUUCAGAAGGAUUAAAGUACUUUUUGGUUUUGCUCCCCUAAAAAUGGCUUGUGUCUAAAGUGACUGUUUUUCCUAUUUAGAAGAUUGUAAUACAAGAGAUCUGUGUGCACUCUUAAGCUUAUUGAAAGCAAUUUCAUCACACCAGUAUCUCAUACAGUGGGGGAAAAUUUGGUCAGUGCCUUAACAAUUUGAAGACCAAUUUUAGGGCAUCAAGUAUAACAAUAAUCAUUUGCCCUCUUACUCCUCUUGUUUCAGGAGUGUGUGCUCUCUCUCUCUCCACCAGCUUACUCUUUCUCCCAGCAAGUCUAAGAAAGUUGUACAGAUGUCUGUAGGUAAUUGUUGCAGUCCUUCUUGGUUUUAAGUCUCUUUAGACAAGCUUCCUCCCUGCUCCCCUCCUUCCAGAGUAAGAGAUAAAAAAUAAACCCACCAAAAUCAACCUUUAAAUAAGCACUUUCAAGAACAACUUUGAGGCACAUCCAUCCAGCUAAGUUUAUUUUUAUUUUGUGGUAUUGAAGUUGUUUUGAGCAUAGAUUUAAUUGCAAAAGCCUUUCAGAAAAUCCCUGAAAGAAUACAGUGCAGCCAGAAAGAUUGGUCUGGGUUUUAUUAAAGUUACUGAAAUCUUCUAAUGGACUCCCUCUGGUCCAGAAAUGAGUUUUAGUUUGGUUCAUUCUUCUAUUUAAAUAAGUCUCAGAACAAAUAAGAAAUCACUUAACCUACCAACUAUUGUUUAUUUGAAAAUAUUAUGGCAAGAAAGCAAAAAACUCUAAUAUAUAAAGGGAAGUUAAGAGACUAAACUAGCUUUCUCAGUAAAAGCAAAGCUUGGAAACAUUUUGCUUCUCUAAGAUUGCAAGAUCUAGAACUACUACUGUUCAACUGAGUCAAGAUGCUAUUUUCACAUGUUAAAGGACUGGUAUGUUCUGAAUGCACAAAUACACAUAGUCUGUAAAGACAAAUGAAGGGUUAGCUGGUCCUCGAAGGUUAGCAGAAUUUAAAUUUUGAGUCCGGUCAUUUGGACUGCAAAGUGGCGAUGGGAUUAAAGGGAUACAUAGUCAGAGUACUUUGGGAUUUAACUUUUAAUAGACAAGCAGAAAAUUUCGUAAAUAUUAGCUGUGCUUUAGAUACUGGGUAAAAUGUUAAGUUUCCCCUGAAGAUAAUCACCUAUUAGAACUAUUCACAAAUGGAGCCCAAUAAUUACUGGCUUACUAGGUCUGACGGAGUAGCUGAUAAUAAGUCACCACACUCUCCAGAGUUUCUACACCUUAAUUAUUGACAAAUUCAUCGUUUCACAGCCUUUACUUCAGGAAAGUGUGUAUGUGAGGGAAAAGGGCGGGGAACUUGUUCUCAGUGUAAUCUGAAGGAGAUCGACACCUGUGGAUACGUAUCCAAUGAUAAUAUACAGGAAAACACAAGCCAUUUUUAUUUCCUUUUAUCCGGUUGACCUGAGGUACUCUGAUGAAGUGCUUGGUGGCACUAUGACCUCCUGGGGCGAUGUGCAACCUGGUUCCUCUCUCUCACUUUUUGUUUCUACUUAAUAUGCAAAUGUGAGUGUGAGAUUGUCAGUGUGUUUGCAUAAGCUAACUUAAAAUGAAUUUACAGUUUUCUGAAAUAUUUCUAUUGAAAUAAAUGACUUAAGAAUACA